CAGUUUGAGCAAUUUGAUAGCAAGGUUUUUUUUUGGAUCACAUCAAGCACUUAGAGCAACAAAUUUUCUUUCACAGUGGAAUAUAUAGUGGAAAGCACGAAUGGUUGUAUUCCUGCCACCUGGGAAGUGUCUCUUUAUGAGCACACCUACGAGAUGCCAUCGUUGCCUCGCGGACAAAGAGCCCAACCUGAAAACUCUUGACCCCCUUUCCAAUUCCCAGCCCAAUAUACAAAAACCAGGGAUAGCCAAAAGCCUAUGGCUAUGCAGGAUGCCAUCGUUGCCCUGCGCACGAGAUCUCCGCUCGAGCCCCUACCCAGACCUGGGAUAAUACACAAGGAAAAUGGUAUUAUACAGGAUGCCGUCGUUGCCCUGCGGAAG